AUGCCCACUAUGACAAGUACCUUGAUCCCAGCCCAUUUCAGUAUCGCGACUGAACGGCUGCACAUUUCCUGCCUUGAGCCAGGAAACCUUUCGCACAGCACCUUUCUUCACCACCUCUGGAAUACAGAUGAAUUUAUCGAGGCAGAAGGGAACACAGGCCUUGAUACACAAGAGAAGAUCGGCGAGUUCAUCACUAACAAAGUCCAAAGCAACUACAAGAAAAAUGGAUAUGGACAGAUGCUUGUGUCUUUGAAACCGCACCCUGGGGCCUCAUUGGCCGAAAGCAAACCGAUUGGAAUCGUUUCCCUGAUGAAGGGUGAUGGAGAGAACGCAUACACAGCGCCUGACGUAGGGUACACUAUUCUGCCACAAGAGAACAGGAAGGGAUAUGCCACUGAAGCGGCGACCGGGCUGAUCGCCUAUGCAAAGAGAGAAUUAGGGGUGGAGGGCGUGUUUGGGUUCUGUGCUCAAAAUGACAAGCGCAGUCGAAGAGUCCUAGAAAAGAUCGGUAUGGAGUUUCGGGGGAAACGACAUCUGAAAUAUUUUGGAGGGGCCCAUAGUGCCGUCUAUGCAUUGCCCGGAAUGGAGGAUUUGAAGGAUUAUGGAAUUGAGGACGAUGUUUGA